AUCAUGAAAUUCGUAAUGAGUAAACUGAGUAAAGAUAACAAGAUGCAGGCAAAGGUGGUCUUCCGGCCGUGGUUUCUUCCUCCGGCCUUCAAUUCCAUCACCACCCUCUCAACUUCUUCAAAUCUUUGUUUUCCUUAUCAAUCCCCAUAUGUCUGCAGGUGCAAGAAGCUAGAGGAAGAAGCAUUAGCAGGCCUCCCUAAACACUUUCAUGAUGAAGAAUGGCAAGCCCGUCAGCGAGAAAAGACUAAAGAAAUAGAGCGGUUACGCCAAGAAGAAGAUGAAGAAGAGGAAAGAAUAGUUAAUGAGUAUCGGGAAACCGGCAUGUUGUUAAAAGGUUACCCUCAAGAAGAGGUUUUUAAAGCAAAGAAAUUGGUAUCCAGUUUUAUAAAAUCUGCUGAAGAAAUCGAAGAGAAAAUCGAGGAAGCUGCAGAGAGAGGUGAACUGAACGAGCUCGUUCUUUUGGUCAUCUGGACGCGUCUUGAUCUUGCUCGCCGUGAUGAAGAAAAAGAUGCCAUAAGAAGUCUAGAUUUGUUAUACAGGCGGAUCGAGACAGAAAUCUUGAAAAGGCAAGCUAGUCCAGCCAUGAGACUACUUAAUGAACUUUUAAUAAUGCAUGAUGGAUUCGAUGAAGAAGGGUGGCUCAAAGCAUGUAAAAAACGCAUGAUUGAAACAUUCCCACGCGAAGAUCCGUUUAGUCUCUUGGUCCCUGCAGGGUUUGAUCUUGAUAAGCACCAUGGACCUCUAGCUAGACCCGCAAUGGAAGCUGACGAUCUUCUUCUAAGAAUUGAUUUCAUUCGAGAGGUCGAUACGUUGCUAAAAGAAGUUAGGCCUCCAGAAACCGUAGAAUGGAGUACCGAAGCCCUUGAUCCUCAAUCAGUAGCAAAUAGGUUAAAAGAACAAGAGAAGAAGAAAGUGAUAGGCCAAGUUGAAGCUCUUUUGGAUCUUGCCAUAAAACUAAGUUGGUAGCUUCAUAGCAAUUACUUAUAGAUUAUUAAAUUGUUGUUUAAUUUUUGUGGAUUUUAAUUUAAUUAAUAUAUAGAUGUUAGAAAACUAAUGGGUUAUGUA